AAGAACUAUCGGAAUCAUAUAUGAAGUACCUACCAUGAAUUUAGGCACAACCGCUGGCCGGUCGAACAAUAACCCACGUGAAAAAAUGGCUUCUGCUUCUGGCCGUUCAGUCUUUUAGUGAUGUUCGCUGUUGAUCAAGAUUAGGAUGUCUAGAAAGAAAGAUAAACGGCAGGUCGAGCAUGAAGAAUGCGUUGAGACACUCCCUAAAGUGAGAAAAAAGCAAAUGAUUGGUGAGAACUCGGGUGAUGAAGCUGAGAAAACUUUAGAGAGACUUGUGUUCGGUGGUGAAACUGAUGCCAUCAGGGAACUAGAAAAGUUGGAAAACGAAGUUUCUGUGGACGAUGAUAGUGCAAGUGAGGAGGUAUUAGUGUGCCCAAUGAAUCACUUAGUUUGUAAAAUGUUGAUUACGAAAAUAAUGUCUUUUAGUAUGGCAGGGCUGUCAUUAAGAGGCAGGGGCCAGGGAUUUCCGAUUCCCCGGCUACUAUGAAGGGGGUCCCCGGCUACUUUCAUAGGAAGAUAGGAGAAAAAUAGAACCAAAGGAAAUCCCUAGCUGUUUAAUCUCCCCCCCCCAACCCCUACUUGUUGUAUUUACCCAGCAACUUGAAAUCUUAGUGACAACCCUGAGUUAUGUUAAUUUAUAGUGAUGGAGAGUGGCUUUAUUUCCCAGGCGGGUUGCACUCCCAUAUAUGGGUUAGAUAGGUACAUGUAUGUGCCGCCCUAUAGGGUAUUAGUGGUUUUUGAGGGUCUCGAACCUUAAAUUAGGUAUUAUUUUUGCCCAAAUUGGCAUUGUGUCCCCUCUGGGAUCCUUAGGGGGUGUUUACAUGAGAAAACUCGCACCAGAGCGCAUUUCGUAAUGGCAUGACUUUUUGAUUUCAUAUCAUGUUUACAUGAUGAUGGACUAUUUCAUAUCUUGGUUAUUUGAAGGUGCAUUCCAUGUUGAUAAAAUGCACAUGUGAUUCAAAAUCGCAAACAUUAUGCAUGCACUACCCGUUCUAGUCCUCUGGCAGACCAUUGCAAGAUUUCGUACUGCAGUGAAAUUCUCGCUCUGGUACAACAACCGGGGUGAACUCAUGCAGGGGCGACUUGCGCCAGGAUGGUAUUUUGUGGUGGUAUCAUGUAAACAAAUGCAGAGCCAUGAAAGGGAACCAGAGUGAACUUGCACCAGCGUAAAAGUCGCCCCGGUGUCAUGUAAACAUCCCCUUAGAUAGGGUCCCAAAUUACAUCAGCUAAAAUUAAUUUAAGUGCGUAAAAACCUGAUAGAUGAGAAACAAUACAUCAGUACAUCAGACUGAAUUAGUCUUAGACUAUUAGGAAAGCAAUUUAAUAUUCUUAGGUUUUGUUUUUCUCUUGGAUAGGGUGUCAUUUUGUAGGGCGUAAGUUCUUGUUUGCAAUUAAGUUCUAAAGUGAUGACAUCAUAAAAAUUAAUUUUUUGGGGGCCAAAAACUAUCAUUGUGGGGCAAAUUGUCUCAGAGAUACUAGUCUCGUUUUGCCCUGUUGACUCCAUACAAAUCUUUCUAAAUUUGACUCAGUUCCACAUGCUGUGAACUGAGUCAAAUUUAGAAGGAUUUAUAUGGAGUCAUCAGGGCAUAACUGGGCUAGUAUUUCAAAGACAAUGUGCCCUCAAAUACUAAAUUUUGGCAAGUAGGCUUGUUCUUUCAUAAAUUAUACCCCAAAAAGUCCCACAAAUUCAGUUUUUUAUGACAUCACACUUAAGCUUUAGGACUCUAUUGCCUUGUCCUUAAAUAGGGUCAGGGGUUAAGGAGGCUCGCACCAAUUUUUCAAGGUCUCACUCCUUCGCAUUUGAUGCUCCCUAACUAAUUUGGCUGUAAUGCAGGUACAAAAAAGCCUUAAAGUGAAACAACAUAACCCUAAAUGAUUUAACUAAUAAACAAUGACCUUUACAAAGCCAGGCACAAAGAUUCACCAUAAAUUUAGUGUAGUUUAGGUAACUUAGAGAUUUUCAAUGGCUUUUAAAUUGCACUAAAAUGCUUAAUAGCAAUGAUUAAAGUCUCAAAGAAUUCCAAUGACAAAAAAAAUUAUCAAGUAAUUUUUUAACUGUGGCUUUAAAACCAAGAUGACACCUUUUUGCGCUUACAUGAGCAAAUAUAUCUUAUGAGUAAGAAUAGCAAAAUGUGUGAUCGCAGAGAGCGAUUGCUUGCCAAUUUUACAAAUGCAACUAUUAAAAGAACUGAACCGCACCUUAAGUUAGAUAUUAUAUAAAUAUCGUAAUUAUUUGGCUAUAAGCCAAUCUUGGGUAUAAGCCGAGACCCUAAACUUUAAACUCGUAGAAUCAUCAUAACCGAGAACGAAAGAUAAAUCCAAAACACUUGCCUACAAGCCGAGAGCCAUUCGUUACAAGACUUUUAACUACUGUAAAACUUCACAAUUUCAAAAAGAAAUGUGGCCUUCUCUAGGAAAACGUACAAUUGGGUCUUUCCUCAUGUCUUCAAACUCUUGACUAUAAGGCGAGACCCCCUCUUUGGCUCAAAUUUCACUGAACUUUAGCUUUAAUUUGUGUAAAAUUCGCUUGGCUCAUAGCCGAAUAAGUACAGUAUAGAUUGUACCAGCACUGUAAAUCAUCAUUUUUGAUGGUUAAAAAACAGAAAGUGAAAAAGGCGUUAAUUGGGAUGCAGAAUUUUUAGAACAUUUUAUUUCAAAAACGCUCUCAUGGACUUUUUUUCAAAUCUUGUGAAGAUAAAGACAAAGGUCUAGACUAUUAGCAGACUAUAGGUAGAGGAUUUUAACAAAUUAUUGCUUGAUUUUGAGAAAAUUCCCAAUUUGUAGAUUCCAUGUCAUUAUUCUGUCGUUUAUUAUGAUUCCAUUAUUAUUCUGUUGCUACGGAAGUGGCAAUGCCAACAAAACAUGGGUUGACCAUUAAAGAGGGAGUUUGUGACUCAGGACACAGAAAAGUGUGCAUUGUCCGUAAGCUGCAUGGUAUCAAUAUUAAGCAGGUCAAUUUUGGAAAAAAUGUAGGAGCGGCCGGGUUCCACUGUAGUGGAUAGUUGCUUGAUACAAAGUAAAAACAUUAAAAAGGUUUCACAAGGGGUGUACAAAAUACAGUCAUGUACAUUUACUUCAUAGCACAAAAUAGUGACAGUUGCUCCAUGACAAGUGCAGUGCAUGCUAUGUUAAUGUGUUCUUUUCUAUACCAUAAGGAUGAUGAAGUUGUUGAUGAAUUGCACUAUGAGAUAAAGAAGAUUGAGGGUCGACAGCCGGCCUGGGAAGAUGAUGCUGAUGAUGAGGAAAGGUACCUUGUUACCCAUGAAUUGUGUUGCUCCUUUGCUUCUAAAUACAGACAUGCCAGCUAGUAAUCAAGAUAUGAUUUUAACAGUGAUUAUCACUAAUAUAAUAAUAAUAAUAAUUAUAAUAAUAAUAAUAAUAAUAAUAAUGAAAAUAAUAAUAAAUAUGAUAAAUUAUAAUUAGUUCUGGUCAUUUGCUAUCUAUGACUGAAUUCUUGACUGAUCACAAUGAGCGAUUCCAGAAAAUAUCCAUGCUAUAUACCACGGAUGGCUUUUAGGAUUUCCGAAGGUGAGGAGGGUUUCAUGAUUAUGGAAUUCUGAGGGCAUGGGGGGUAUUUACGAUUGGAAAUCCGAAGGCAUGGGGGAAUUCCACAGGUGGGAUUUCUGGAGUAGAAAGUGUAGAGUGAGUUCCUUGAAAACGCAUUUUGGAAUUUCCGAAGGCAAGGGGGGGUUAAGACAUGGAAGCCGUCCGUGGUUGGGUAUGGAUAUUUUCUGGAAUUGCCCAAUUCAAUAAGUAUAAUAGAUAUUAUAGUAUGUGCUUCUGAAUAGAUUUCAGCAAAUCAGAAAGAUAUGCUGGCAGAUUCAUGCAGAGUUUAAUAGCCACAAUAUAAAGUAAAAUACUGGUGUCCACAAAUUCUGCAAAAUAAGUGUUUGAAAUUAUAAAAUACACAAAAAAGUUUUAUUCAGCGUUCAUAGCAAACUCGAAUCUGGACUAUCAGGCCUAAUAUAUUAAACCCAAACUUUAAGUUUGCAUAAAUUUUGGAAAUAUCAAAAGUUGAAGUUGUUGAUUUAUUUUAUUUAUUUUAUUUUGAAUAAUAUUUAGUCUGGGGUGCCCAGUUCAGUGAGGCUGGUUUGAAUGGGGCCCUGAUGAAAGAAAAAACAACACAAAAGACAAUAACAGAUAAAAAAAUUGGAACAACUAAGUAUAGCAAAAGUAUUGGAGGCUCAAUUUGGCUUGGGUCUAAUUAGUGACUUUUUAGGCCAAACCCAAACUUAUUUAAAAUAAUGCUCGCUCCUCAUGCUGGGCCAGAGGAAGCGUGUUCCAGAUCUUGGCUCUUCUACAGCUGUAGCGGCAGAUGGAGCAAAUCUCUGUAAUGCGUGUUGAAUGGAAAUUGCGCAUGCAGCUAAAUUCAUUAAGUGAAUAUGCUGGAGCCAGGCCAUGAAGGCUCUUAAAGACUAGCAUGCACUUCAGAUAAAGAUUGAUUAAUAAUUGUAGAAGGCAUUAAAGAUAAUCAUUUGAAUUAAAUAAAAUAAUUGUUUGUACACGUACUGGCGUUGUUUUCAUUCAUUGUAAUAAUUAUUUUUUCAUAUACUUACUGGUAGGUACUGUAGUACAUGUACUUGCUUAUAAUAAUAUACCUUAAAUACCUGUAUGUUAUGUUAACUAAUGUGUUGGCCCUUUUAAUUUGUAGAAUUGAGAUCUCAUCAGAAUCGCGUUUAAAAAAGUUGCGAGAUGGAGCAGAUGAGACAGUUGUUACUGGAAAGAAGUUUACGCAAAAGCUAAAAAGACAGUGAGUUGCUUCAGCUAAACGUUUUUUGUUGUUCCAAAAAAUAACAAGUCAUUGUCCUUUACCACACGCAAAUCCCCUUUUUUUUCUUGGGAAUCUUCGCACUGCACAUUGCUCUAAAAAUUCGAUUUUUCUAAAAUAACAAAUUAUGUCCCUGGAAUGCUUACCAUUCUGAAAUAGUUCAGUCCCUUUAUACCUGUAAAAUAAUGAAAGUACAAGAGGGGAGGACAGUGGACAAACAACCAGAGGCUGC